ACUAACUAAACUUAUUUAAAAACAAUUGAGUUCCUGCUGCUAAAGUGCAAAUGGCGCGGGCGUAUCGAGGCUCAAAACUUCGUAUAAAAUGAAAAAAAGAUAUAUUAAGUAGACGGCGCAGUGUGUGUAUGAUUCUUGGUAGUGUGGGUGAGCUGGAAAACGGCUAAUUUACCUUUAAUCCUUGUUUCUCAUAUUUCGCGUUAUUUCACCUUUCAAUAUGAGCGCACCCGGGAAACGAGUCAACAUGUGUUUAACGUUACGGGAGAAGGUGGACAUAAUAAACGCCAUCGACAACGGCGCCACGCGGAAGAAGGUCAUGUCGGAGUACCGGGUGCCUGCGAGCACCCUGAGCUGCAUCAUCCGUCAUCGGGACCAGCUGCUGAAGAGGAUGGAGGAGAGGGCGACUAACCCGUCCUCCAAGAGGAUCCGAGCGGUGGAGAGUCCCGAACUUGAGGAGAAGAUGAAGGAGUUCGUGAGCGAGUGUCGCAGAAAUGGAGACGCUCUUACCGGUAACCUGAUAUUAUCGAAGGCUCGGGAGUUCGCGGGAGAGCUGGGCCUGACCACCUUCCGCGCCAGCAACGGCUGGCUCUACAACUUCAAGAAGAGACAGGGCUUUCCCUCCAGGAGGAGUAAACCCAUGAUCGAUUCGCCGAAAACUGAUAGUACAAAGGCUAAACACUCAGAAGAGAGAGACACCGAAGACAAUGAACAAGCGAAACCUACGAGCGAAUCGCAUCAAGAGGAAUACAAUCCUAUUAACGACGAAGAUUUAAUUGCAGUCGACGUAACAUCACACGAGAGAGAUGCACUCAAAUUGGAGGCGCUCGAUACAGACGACGACCAACAGGACAACAACGAUAUCGCUAUAGAUUUUGUUAAUGCUAAAGAUUUUGAUGAUGCUGUAGAUUUUAAUGAUUCUACCGAGCAGAACGAUACUCGAGUUAGUACCACAGAGGCUGGAAAAGCAGGUGGAUGUCCAAGAGGAAUAGAGGACGAGUUCUCGUGCUUCGGGCGGUACAUAGCUCAGGCGCUGCGGGCGAUGCCGCCGCGUAUGUCGGUGCUGGCGCGCUCCGAGCUGCAAGCCGCGCUCGCGAGGGUCCAGAUGAAGUGCUUCGACAUGAAGACUGAUCGUUGAUUUGACUGUGUAAAAUUAUU